GAGCGUGUUGCACUGGUAUCAGUGCUGAGCAGCAGGCGGCCUGCAGGGAGCUGAGCUUCAGCGGCUAAUCAGGCAGGACGCGCUUGAUUCUUCUCCAAACUCCUCUCUGAACUUAAAUACAUGGUUGUUUGAAACCUGCAGUCACACACGUGCCAACCAUGGACCUUGUGCUGAACUUUGCAGACUAUUACUUAUUUACUCCGUAUGUGUAUCCCUCCUCUUGGCCAGAAGAUGAGCCUCUGCGGCAGAUCUUUGGACUGCUGGUGGUCACCAACCUCGGCGCUGCAAUUUUAUAUCUUGGCCUGGGUGCUUUAAGCUACUAUUUCGUAUUUGACCACAGUUUAAUGAAACACCCUCAGUUUUUGGAGAACCAGGUGUGGCGUGAAAUAAAAUAUGCCAUGACUUCUUUACCGGUGAUCAGCAUUCCCACAGUCGCUCUGUUCUUCGCUGAAGUCCGAGGUUAUAGCAAGCUCUAUGACAAUGCUGACGACUCUCUACUGGGUUGGCCAGGGCUGAUUUUCAGCAUGAUCACAUUCCUCUUUUUCACCGAUAUGUGCAUCUACUGGAUUCACAGGUUCCUUCAUCACAAACUUUUCUACAAGCACUUACAUAAGCCUCACCACAUCUGGAAGAUCCCAAGUCCCUUUGCCAGCCACGCUUUCCACCCGGUGGAUGGUUUCCUUCAGGGUCUGCCCUACCACAUCUACCCUUUCCUCUUCCCCCUGCACAAGUUGCUCUACUUGGGCCUCUAUGUCUUUGUCAACAUAUGGACUAUCUCCAUUCAUGACGGGGAUUACCGGGUCCCGAAAGUGCUGGAAAAAUUGAUCAAUGGUGCAGCCCACCACACUGACCACCACCUCUUCUUUGACUACAACUAUGGACAGUACUUUACCCUGUGGGACCGCAUCGGACACUCCUACAGACACCCCUCGGCUAUGAUGGGAAUGGGGCCGCACGAUUGUAUCAAGAAACUACAGGCAGAGGGCAAACUUGACUCCAAUGGCACGACUGGCCAUGUUAAAAUUAGGGCUUCACAUGUGAAAAAAGAGUAAUCAGCUCGUCACAUUUCAGAUAUUGAUGUCUUGAGACAAACCUUUAUUCCUUAUUGGUUAUACAUUCACCAUUACAGAAAUGGUCUUAUAAUCCUGUAGACAAAUCGAGGAUAAAAUCGCUGUAAUCUCUUUAACUAGAACGAAGUGAUAACCAGCUUAAAUGAAUGAAUGCAGGGGCAUUUCUGUGAUACACUGAGAUAGAUGAUAAUUUAUUAAGAGUGUCUUUUUUCCAUUAUUGCCAAAUAUAGUUAUAAGCACUUUGAAAGUUUAGUAAAGAAUAAUUUAUUCUAAAGGCAUUUAAUGCCAUACAAUACAUAGGCAGGUCUUAGAUUUAAUGCAGCUAGCAUGGUUUGCCAGUGUGCACUGCAUAUUAAUGUGGUCCAAUACAUAUUUAAGCUGUAUGUGUAAGCCCCAGCUUAUGUGUCUCAGAACACGACGUCUUCCUCACUCCGCUUCCGUUAUAAGUACAUGUGAAGAACGUUAUUCUAGGGCUGUUGAAGUUAACGCGAUAAUAACGCAUUAAUGCGAUCUUAAUUUAACGCGAUUUUAAAAAAUAGUGCCGUUAACACACAUUCUGUGUGACCCUGCGAGUCAUCCGUAGUUCAUGUUGAGACUUGACCGUGUGUGCCAUCUCUCAUUAAGAGUAGAGGAGUAAGUAGCCAAGUUAACAUGCUGUUUACAAUGCUGUAGCAAUGUGGUAUGACACUACAACUUAUGUCCAACUUAUGUGUAAUUUAUUUUUGUUUGCGCAGUACUGCGAAGUCCUAUAGGCUGUGAAUGAAUACGACUUCAGCA